CUUACCCCGAGUCGCCUCCGCCCUCCACGAUGAUUAAUUCCUCACCCGCAGAGUAUGUCUUCAUUCGCAUCUGCAUCGUGGGACUGGGAGCCAUCGCUCCCCUGAGUGUCGUAUGCACCGUCUACUCCCUCCUCGUUCCAUUCCUGGGCAAUGACUGGGCAUUCCCGGCAAUCCCACUGCCACUGCGAAUCUACUUCGCCGUAGAGACGUCCUUCUGGCUAGUGGUGCAAUUGCCGCUGUACCGGAUUGUACAGAACAAAGCAGACCAUCCCCCGAUACUGUCAGAGCCAGACCGGCAUCAACUCUUUGAACGCAUCACGAAAGAUGUCAGUGCGACAGAGCUCGAAAGACAUCUCAGCUGGUGGUGCAGAUGCGCCAAGAGCGACGACAUUGGGCGCGAGGCGAUCAAAGAUUGGCUGGCAUGGGCGUUCUUCGAGGGGAGGCUGCACGUGAAAGGCGCGGAAGACGAGCUGGAAGAGUACACCACGCGCUUUGAGCAAUUGCUGGGAAAGACGUUCGCACACGGCUACGGCAAGGCAAACCCGGUCCGCCUGACUCUCGACAAGAUCGAGUUACACGGGUACAGGAGUCUCACCUGGUACUUUUGCGUAGGAUUCGUGGACUUCCUGACCUUUGUCCGUCUCUGCCGCGAUGGCUAUCAUCAUCACCGCUUGCCUGUGAAGAGCUUCUUGGGCCUCUUUCCGUUUCGACCUGUGGCUCUGACCGCGCGCCACACCACGCCCGCACGACAUCUCACCUACUGGCAUCGACCUCACACUGCCAAGAACCGCUUGCCUGUGGUGUUCAUUCACGGAAUCGGGAUUGGCUUGUAUCCCUAUGUUAACUUUCUCGAUGACCUGAUCCAGCAUAUUGAGGAUGGGCACCACGAUCCAGCCGAUGGUCACGUCGGCAUUCUUGCGUUAGAGAUCAUGCCCGUCUCUUUCCGCCUGACCCACUCGGCCUUGAGCAAAGAGGAGAUGUGCAAAGAAAUCAACACGAUCCUGGAGCGACAUGGGUGGGACAAUUGCGUCUUGAUAGGACAUUCUUACGGUACCGUCAUCGCUACUCAUGUCUUGCACGAUCAAGUCCUGCAGCCGAAGAUUGCUUCGGUCCUGCUCAUCGACCCAGUCUGCUUCCUCCUACACAACCCAGACGUGGCUUACAACUUCACCGUCCGAAAGCCAACACACGCCAACGAGUGGCAACUCUGGUACUUUGCUUCACAAGAUCCUGGAGUAGCACAUACCCUGGGCCGACGCUUCUUCUGGUCAGAGAACGUGCUCUGGCUAGACGAUCUGCUUCCCCUGAUGAAGACUACCGGACUGAGGGUCACAGUCAGCUUAGCAGGCCGCGACUUGAUCGUGGACACGGAAGCGGUCGGACGAUAUCUUGUAGGCGGUAAACCUGCCAAAUAUGGAACCUUUGAAGAGGACUGGAAGUUCAAAGAGUGGAAAGGCGAGGGGCUUGAAGUCAUUUGGAACGAAGAUCAAGAUCAUGCCCAAGUUUUCGAUUCCAAGUCGAAGCGAGCGAAGCUUGUAGCGGUUGUGAGAAAGUAUUGUGAGAUUACUAGAUGAGCGACAGGACAGGGCGGGUAACAAUUGGUACAACAGGACGCUACGUUUGGACUGGAUAGACAAGAUAUAUUUUAAAUACCUAGAUGCAUGAACGAAGAGCCUUUGCUCACGAAAUCGGUGGCAAACACGUGCAAGGCUCUCAGCCGAUCUAGUUUGUGUCUACUGCAUUCACUGUCUUCUUCGCCUUCAUCUGCCUGUCCAUCAAUCACGGUUCAAGCAAAUCCAAUAGAUCCAAACUUGCACCGUGCUAGCGCGUCUUGACAGCCUUUCUGAGUGACCGGGAAGCCGGUACGAUGCGUCUGCUGAUAUGAGCGAUGCAAAUCAUGAAGUUAGGUACUAUUGCUUCAAACAGCGCUCGUUCCCGUCUAGGAUGCGGAUGCUAGGCUUUUGCCAAGCUUCAUCAUUUCAACUUCACUCAUUUGGUAAGACAAGUUCAUGGCUUCGGCCGCUGAGCCCAGCUUGCCGCCUUGUGGUGUCUCAUGGUCCUCACAGCAUUGCAGCAGUGCGAGGAAUUCAUCCUUGAACCCUUGAAGUUCUCAGGGAGUUGCCUCCUUUUGUGGCCGACUUGGAAAAAGUAUGCAUCUGCUUCUGGCGCUGAACGUGCGAAUUGCUCUGACGCCAAAGUCUGUCGCGUGUUCAACAGCUGCGGUGGCAGUAGGACUGCCCGAGAAGAUGCUACAGCUAUCUGUCGUGUCGUUCGAUGAAGUGGUCGCCUGGGAAUGAAGUCUGCCAUAUUGCUAGAGCACGCCGUCUCGGGAAGGUCAGUAUUGCGCUCCACCCACCGUGCUCUGAAGUCGGCACGAGCAGAUGUCAGAGUGAUGGCUGGAGUCUUCAAUCUCGAUCACGGCCAAUUUCCCCUCCGCCAUGCUCACGCUGGUACUCGAGCUUUUUCUCCUCUUGCUUGCGCCAGUGGCUGCCUUCUUCGUAGUCUUUGCCAAUGCCGAGCGCCUUGCGCAGCUUCUCACUCUCGUCAAUCUUUGCACGCGCGAGCUCAUGGACCUGGUGCGACUUGAGGCCCUUUGCAUUCGGUCCACGACCAUUCUGCUCCUUUCCUAGCUUCUUUCGCAGAGCAUCGCACUGGUCAUCAAUCUCGUCCUCAUCGACACCUUCGUCUUCCAGCUUGUCCCGUAGCUGGAAGACCUUGACUUCAAUCUCGCGCUUCUGCUCGUGCUCCAGUAUUUCCUUGUCUGGCUGGCGUUGGCGAUGGCGGAUGGAGUCGAUGUCGGUGGGAUAUGGCUUCACAUCGUCGCGUGGGCGGAGGUUGGCUGAGUUACGCUGGACGAAGCCGGACGUGCCUGAGCCCCGUGGGGUGCUGAGACCGACGUUGGAAGACAUGCUGAAGUGCAGAGAGGUGUCGGUGGCGCUGGUGUCGGAGUUUAGAGCAUUCCAC